UCGUAUCUUUCCUCACGUUUUCUCUGUACUUUCUCUCUUUCAUCAUCUUUGUCCAGUCCUCACGCCGGCAACGCUGUUGCCGAUCUAUCUCCGUCGGCGGGAGGCUGCUCUAUCUGUCUUUUUCUCCAUCAAUUAGAUUACUCCAGGGAUCUUGAUCUAGGAGUGAAAGAAAGGGGAAACGAAAGGAGAAGAAUUUUCUUCUAAGUAAAUUUGAUUUUGGAUUUCGUAGAUUUUCCACGCGGAUCAAGCUCAUACGCUUUUUUUCUAUUUCGAAAUUCAACCCAGAUAGUGUUCUUAUUUGAUUGGUGUAAUGAAUAAAUAGUCAAAGAGAAAAGAAAGCCCAAAUAGAUUAUUCAUGGAGUCACCGCCAAUGGAAGUUGAAACAGGUAAGAAGAAGAAAGUCAGAGGUUUAACAACCCUACCUCAUCUCACUAAAAAUAGUAAUCCACUUCGGAGGGUUGUAAAAUAUAAUGAAAAAGGUCAACCAGUAGGGCCUAUGUCAACACAACUUUUUAGCUACAUGGGUGUUUUGGCACGCACCAUGGUUCCUCUGAGUUAUGAACAUUGGCGAAAGGUGCCAAAUGCUUUGAAGGAAAAGUUAUGGAGCUUUUUGGAGGUGAAAUUUGUGAUUGAGAGUAAGAGCAAAAAGAAACUUAUGGGUUCGGUUGGCAUGAAAUGGAGGACAUUCAAGAGCUACCUUACAAGGACUUAUAUAAUUCCAUUCAAAGACCAGCCUGAGCUAUUAAAGCACCCCCCUCCAAAAUAUAGCUUUAUUGAUCAAGAAGAUUGGGAUUUAUUCGUCCAGUCAAGAUUGACUGAACAAUUUCAAAAUUUUAGCAACUCUCAAAUUGAGAGACGGUCUAAGCAUAAACUUGUUCACCGAUUAAGCAGAAAGGGUUAUGUUGGUCUUGCUGACGAAAUGAAAAAGAAUGGGCAUAUUUCUUCCAUUGAGGAAGUAGAUAGGAGUUUGUUAUGGAAGAUGGCUAGACAAAAUAACAAAGGAGAGUAUGUAAAUGAGGCUGUUAAGGAAAAGGCAGAAAAAAUUGACGAGUUGAAGAAGCAAGUUGAAGAGGGUUCUUUGGUUGGUGAAGGAAAUUUUGAUAUUCUCACCAUGGCACUAGGGACUGAAGAGCAUCCAGGUCGGGUUAGGGGACUCGGACAUUUUGUCACUGAAUCGACUGAUCUCAAUGUCUCUAAACCAAUCAAUUCAAAAGAACAAUUGAGAAUUAUGAAAUCACAGCUGCAAGAAGAAAAAGAUAGAAGAGAAAAGGCUGAGGAGGAAUUAAAUGAAGAAAGAAGAAAAAGAGAAGAAUUGGAGGUGGAGCUGAGGAGUACACAGAGUAAACUAGAAAGGACGAUUGAAAAACUUGAAACUAUGGAUUCAACAGUGCAAUGGUUGCGAUCACAAUUUGAAUCGUUUAUUCAGCCGAGCCAGGACAAGUCCAAUGGUUCAAAUUGAGGGAGCCCAAACUCAGGGAACCAGAGCUUUUGGUUAGGAUCUCUGAGAAAACAAGAAAAGUGAUUAAACCUCUUAAUUGGUUUGGUAUGGAAGUUUCUCUUCUGAGACAUGCCUUUCUCUUUUGGAUGUAUAUAUAGUGCUUACCUUUGGGAACUCUUUUAAGUUCAGUCCGGAUUCUUUUGAAUCCAGUUUCCAAAGAAUCACUGUGGUUUCUUUUGGCUUUCUAUAUUUUGUUCUAGUUUCUUGAUCGAUUCACUAGGUUUUUCUUGAA